AACUUACACACCAGCCCACCUCUCUUGGGAAGAGUAGCAUUGCAGUUGUUUAGCUAACGAUCUUUACAACUAAAAGCUGGUCAUUACUUUUGGGCAGAUUUGACGAUUCUUACUCACCAUAGCUACUGCACUGCACUCUGCAUGGCUACAGGUGUGGGAGUAGUCCAGCUCCCUGGGCCCUUCACAAAGAUAGUGGUGUUCAGAGACAAAGUGUUCAGGCUCAGAUACAUACUGAGUAACUGUAGUGUGUCGGAUGUCAACCUCAAUGCUGAUGCACUACAAGCUGACCUCACGAGAAUGACUGAGGGAAUUCUGGAACAAUGGUUGUCUUAUAGAAGACUACCCCCCCUCAAGACAGACUACAUGUUGGUCUACCCCGGGCUCCUAGACUGGGGUCUGGUCAUGGCCAACAAGCUACUCUUCUAUCAACAUGAGCGUAACCUGCAGCCACACCCACACACUAUCCAACUCUUUGUACACAUCGUUGCUGCCCCCUACCACACAAAGGCGUCUAAUAAGAUUGCCCGGAAGAGGCCACACCCAGAGGAUGUGAGCUUACCUGUGUGUACAGGUAUUGUACGCAGCGAGUACUUGGUCAGGAAGAAGCUGCGUAUGACCCCCAGUGUUGCUUGUCUGCCCUGUACUGGACAUGCUCAGACUGGCCCAAGCCCGGAUACUGUUGGUAAGGUAGCCAGGAACGUGAGGUCGGAGUUCAAAAAGCUCAGUAAACCGUCAUCAUCGCACACUAACGAGCGUCUGGAGGUUGUAAAGAACGAGGAGUCGUUCCUGCGCGGCAUUGUGAGAUCUGUCAAGACCCUGUUUAGUUGGACAUGAAGAGAGAUGCUUAUAAAACUGUAUACCAUUUAUCACACAAACUUUUCAUAAUCAAUUUUAACAGCUCAGUUCAUGACCACCUCAUUGUCAUACCCACCCAUAUUCAAUAUUAAUUUUAAACUUUGUCUUUAUUAUUGUCACUAAACAUCAACAUCAGUGAUUUAUAUAAUCAUUUCACACAAUAAUAUUUAAUGACAAAUUAUUUAUGAUCUACAAAACGAUGCA